GAACUAACUGACCACUUUCUUCUGUGCAUGCAGGUUAUGACUUUAAUCCAGAAACUUCCAGUGCCAGUGAUUGCCAAAGUAAAUGGCUUGGCUACAGCAGCAGGCUGUCAGCUUGUGGCAAGCUGCGACAUUGCAGUGGCAAGUGAGAAAUCUCAAUUUGCUACUCCUGGAGUAAACAUUGGACUGUUUUGCUCCACACCAGCUGUGGCCUUGGGCAGAUCUCUUCCAAGAAAGGUGGCAUUAGAGAUGCUACCGCUCUCUGCCCAAGAAGCAUUAAUGCACGGCCUUGUCAGCAAGGUGGUCCCAGAGGACAAGCUGGAAGAAGAGACCAUGAAAAUCUCUCACAAGAUAUGUGAAAGCAGCAAAUCCGUCCUGGCACUGGGGAAAGCCACCUUUUACAGACAGAUGACACAGGACCUUGAUACUGCUUACAAACUGACUGCUCAGGUCAUGGUAGACAACUUGACUUUGAGAGAUGGGCAGGAAGGUAUUGAAGCCUUUAUUCAGAAACGUAAGCCUGUCUGGUCACACUCUCAGGAUGAGAAGAAAUGAAUCCUGUUUCUGAGCUGACCUUAGCUGUGCUUCGUGACUCUUCACACAUUUGCCUUCAGGAGUUAUAUUUUUGUUCCGACUGAAAAUUAAAUUUCUCUUCUUACACGUGCCAAAGACACAAUAAAUUUAUUCUAAGUAUAUAAUAAAUGUUAAGAAAAAUCAAACCAA